AUGCAUGGCUUAAUCUUUGAGACAAGCAUAUGCUACUGGCAGGAUCAACCAGGUAGGGGGAAGCGAGCGCGACGACGAGGAGCCGGGCGUGCCGGUGGGGGGGGGGUGGGGAGAGGCAGACCCCCGCGAGGCGAGGGAGCCGAGAGAGGAGGGGGGGGCCGGGAAGGGCGCUCGCCGGGCCGGGAGACCCGACCGCCCCGGUCCCGCCCGCGGCGAGGACGCCCGACCGCGCGACCCACCCUCGGGGUCCGCGAGGGUCGCGGCGCGUCGCCGCCACCGCGCGGGAGGCACGAGGGGGGGGCGGGGUGGUGCGGCGGGGAGGAGGGCGGCGGGCCGCCCUGCUCUCUCCCUCCUCCAUCCCGCCCGGCCCGGGCCACACCGGGGACGGCCGACGCGCGCCCUCGGCGUCCGUCCGUCCACCCGCCCCAGAGCGGGGCGGGGGACGCCGGGCGGCGAGGACGCGGCGACCGGCCCGCGGCGGGGCAAGACCGGGGACCCGUCCCGCGCUCGGGCGAGCGCACCGGGGCGGGGGCGCCCCCUCGUCCGGCACGCGACGGCGGCGGCGGCGGCGGCGGCGGCGACACGGGCGACGGAUCGGGGCCGCGGCGGGCCCGGGAAGCGAGGCACACCAGGGCACGCGGCCCCGGGGAGCAGCAGACGGCGAGGGGACCGAGGCGGACGGACGGGCGGAGAGGGGCACCGACGGGAUGCGGCCACGCGGGGCCGACACCGCGCAACCGGCGGCGGGGGUGGGGUGGCCGCGCGCCACCGCGAGGGGAACGGCCCAAAGCGAGCCGGGGGAGGGGACGCGAGUCGGCCGCCGGGGCCCACCGCGGGAUCUCACCGCCACAGGCCCUCCCGGCACAGGGGCGGUCCCGCGGCGCCACCCGCGACGAAGGACUGGCGCCCCCACCCUCGCGGGGCUCGCGGCCACCGCCACCGCCACCCCCGGAGCCGCAGCCGGCCCGGGGAGAACACUCUCCCGCCGCACACCGGCGGCCCCCCCCCCCACGGCCCUCACGCGCGCGGGGCUCCCCCGCCCCGCCCCCCUCGCUCAGGGCUUUCCGAGGGCACUGCACCGCUCCGCCCGGGGACGCCACCGGCCCGGCAGGGGCCGGGGGACGACACCCACGUGAAGGCGAGGCGAGGCCGGCUCGGGCCCGGGCAGGGGACGGGAACGCGGGCGGUCGCACGCGCGGGACGAGGAGAGGCGAGGCGAGGCCGGCGGCGGCGGGGAGGGGCCGGCGAGCACGCACGGCGGGGGCCGCGGGACAGGGACGCGGGCGCCGUCCGGGGACCGGAGGAAAAAGACCGGGCCACGCGGCCGGGCCCCCAGGAACACCAGCGCGGGAUCCCACCGCCACCCGCACGCGAGGGCGGUCCCGCGACGCCCGGGGCGCCGGCCGGCCCCGGCCAUCCCCGGAGCGUGGCCCGCGACCCGGCCCCGCCGCCAGGGCCGGCGAGCCGUCCACCCGUCUUCCGCCAUCCAUCCGCCACAGAUCCGUCUUCCGUCUGAGUCUGAACCCCGAGGCGCGACCACCCGGGGACGACGCUCUCGAGCGAGGCGGCCCGGACCGUGACCGCACGCCGCCACCGGCUGCGGCUCAGGGGGCGAGGGCGGGGCUCACCCCACGGGGGCCGGCCGCACGCACACGGCCCCCCACCUGCCGGACGCCCGGCGGGGCCCAGCGGGACCCUCCCCCGACUCGGAGGGGGGAGGCGCGGGCCGCGAGAAGGCGUUCUCACCGAGGGCGCGCCGUCCCUCCCCCGGACCGUCUCGCCUUCGGGCUCACGGAGGCGCUCCACGAGCCGCCCGGCCUCAGCCGGGCGGGAGGGGUCUGCGGUACAGGGAAGCGGACCACCACACAGGAGCGUGUGCGCGGUCAGGGCCAGAGCAGAGCCCGCGUCCCGCCCCCUGCAAGGCCUCAUCCGCCGAGGCCUCCGCGACGAGGGGAACGGGCACGCCUCUCCCUUCCGCCUCGACCCCCCCGAAAGACAGCCACGCUCGGGACACACACGCCACCGUGGCGGGGACCCGAGGGGGACGCCGGGUUGAGGGAAACGACACCACCGCUCGGCCUCAGGCACCUGAGGGACGACCUGGAGCGCUCCAGGGGCACCACCGAGGGUCACACGAGGCACGCUCGCACACCCGCGUGGGGCGCGCAGCGCGGCAGCGGCGGCACAGCCCUCCCCGCCACAGGGAGGGCCGCUCGCCGGGCACACGCCGAGGAGGCGAAGCGGGAGCGAUCUGCCGUGUCAGAAGACCAACGGCCCCCACGGACGCCCCGAGGCAGGGGACGGGAGACCGAAGAUCAGGGCCAGAGGCCACACCCAACCCCUGCCUUCCUCACCCUCCCUGACGGGCAGCGGGGGGGGAAGACAAGCGAGGGGCCCCGCGGACAGACCGAGAAGAGCGGACACGUUCACCGGGAACGCCCGUCCCUCGUCCGGCACGGUUUCGGCUCGGCCCGGGAGAACACGACCACACCACAUCGAUCCGCGAGAGCGGCCAACGACCCCGAGAGGAGAACACCUGACACGGUGGCGCGGAGCCCACAGGGCGGGGGUCGUCCCAGCCGCCACCAGGUGCCCACAGCGGGGGUGAGGGGCGCCGAGGGUAGAAGACCCGCGCCACCUCGCCCCCGCCACCCUCGGGUCGGGUCAGCCAGACGACACCACACAGGAGCCGGCGCACAGGCCCAGGCGGGCGGCUCCAGCGGCGAGGGCCGAACCGGGCACCAGCUGGCGGCCCAGAAGCCCAGAGCCCCGCGUGCGUCCAGAGACCCACAGUCCUCGGUGGCAGACACCAAAGGAGACCGUGUCAGCACUUACCUGGUGGCAAAAAAGGCCUAUUAA